AUGCCCGGGAUGAAGCCGCCGGCGCAGGCCGCCCUCCUGACCUGGGUCAACACCUUCCCUCUAGACCGCAAAGUCGAGAGACUCGAGGACCUUUCCGAUGGACGAGUCUUCUCCCAGAUGCUCCAGGACCUCGACCCGGAAUAUGACCCGUCCGAGCUGGAGCUCAACGUCGGCUCUUCGACCUGGCUGACCAAGAAGCGCAACAUACAGUCCGUCUUCAAGGCCCUCACCAAGUACAUCGUCCAGCGCGACACGUCCGACAAGAUAGUGUAUUUGCCCAGGACUGUCGACUUCCGGUCAUUGUCAGACGACCUCGACGCCGAGGGAAUCUCUCAGUUACUAUGCGUGUUUGCCGCGGCUACCCUCAUGGGCGAAAAGAACGAAAAGUACAUCCCCAUCAUGUACCAGAACCUCUCGCAGGACGAGCUAGCUAGCAUCGCCGGGAUACUAGAAGAGAAGCAGAAAGAGAUGGAGAAGGCUGCCAAGGCCGAGGAGUCGACCGGCGCAACCCCCGCCCUGGACGCCGGCCUGGAGACCGAGGCUGAGCUUGCCAGACUGGCUUCCGAAUACGACACUCUGACGAAGAAACUGGCCGACAGCAAUACGCGCCUCGAGCACUUGCAGAUCGCCUAUGAGGAAGUCAAGGAUGAGCUGCAACGGGCACAGGACAACUUGGAGCUCGAGCAGCAAAAGCAUGGCGACAACGAGUCGCAGACAAUCCUCUCGCUCCAGCGGAGAAAUCGCGAACAAGAAGAGAUCAUCGAGACCCAGGAAGCCCAGAUUGAGGAUGACCGGCAAACCAAGACACGGUUGACGCACGAGAACAACCAGCUGAACCAAAAGGCCGAGCUCUUUCAGAGGCUGCAGGACGAGGUUCAGGAGCUCAAACAUGAGAAGGAAGAACUCGCAAAGAAGGCCAACACAGCUGAGCGGUACCGGCAGAAGCUGGAGAGCCAGCGCGGCAUGGAAACUGACCUGAAGAACGCACUCUACGAGCUGGACACGGCAAGAGACAACCUGAGAGAGUACGAUAGGCUGAAGGAUCAGUGCGAACAGCAAGCAACGAGCAUUACACGCUUUAGGGAUAUGGUUGCCGCUCUCGAGCAACAGCUCGAGGACAGUCGCAUAAAGAAGCUGGCUCUCGAGGAGGAGAUCUAUGCUGUCCAGGCGCAAUUGGAAAGAAUAAGGGAGCAGAAGCUGAUGGACGAGAGGCGGAUUCUCGAACUGGAGGAGCAGGUACUUCACGGGGUCGGAGGCGUUGCUGGAGGCAUGACACCCGACGGCAGCAAGACGAACUUCAACCUGGAGGAGGAGCUGGAACACAGCAAUGACCCUUCCACAGCAAUGAAGCUCGAGAUCUCUCGACUGAGAGCCGAGAACAAUCUUUUGAAGCACAAUAUUGCAUCGGGCGACAACAAGCGCUUACACAGCGAGUUGGAAACCUCGCGACAGCAGCAGAAGAUACUGCAGGGUGAGAAUCUGGAUAUCUUGAAGAAGUUUGCUCUUGCGCAGGACCAGAUCAAUGCUCUGAUGAGCAACAGCACAGAUGAAGGGUUAGUGAACGGCAUUGAUGCCGCCCUCGCGAUUGGCCCGCUCAACGUACUCACAAAGGAGCUGUCCAGGAGCGAGAUCUACCGCAAAAUCUCCAGCCUGCUCAAGGACCGGACCUUUGAGCUCGAGGAGAAGAACUCGAACCUACAGAAGCUCGAGCGGCAGGUCGCAGACCGCGAUCGUGAGCUCUUGACGCUCAGGACUGACCGUAUGUUGCUCUACCACAUUGCCCGAGACAAGGUGCUGGCCGGUUCUGACCAUGACGCGCUCCUCACUACAGUCAGCGCGGUCGAGAAGGGCUCCGUCGACGCCCUGCAGGAACUCAAAGCUACUGACGAGCUGGUCUCCGGCUCACUCAAGGACGAGGUCGAGGUUCUGCGCAAGCAGCUCGACGAGCUGAAGCUCUCCAGUGACACGCAGCAGAAGCAGCUCUUUGACUCGCUGCUGACCAACGAGAAGCUCCGCACGAAGCUCGACGACGCGACCAGGGAGCCCCGUGUCGCCUCUCCCAAGCCCGACGAGGUUGCUGCCGGCGCCGCCGGCAGGGACCCGGCCGGCCUGGAGGAGGCCCUUCGCAGGAAGGACGAGAAGCUCGAGAAGGUCGGCACGAGAGCCAAGCAGCUCAAGGAGGUGAGUCGUCCUGCUCUGCCCCUCACGCCUCCCAGCUCCCCUCCGCCCAUCAGGCCGCGGCGCGCCGUCAGCCUGCGAGGCGACGAGCCUGGUCUCGACUCGCAACUCGAGAAGGCCGAGCAAGAAAAGUACGAUCUUCAGCGACGUCUCAAGGCGGCAGAACAUGCCGGAAGCGCGGCGGCACAAAAGGCGGCCAGCGACCAGAUCAUCAAGAACCUGCAGCGGGAGAACGCCAUGAUCGCCACGGCCUGGUACGACCUGACGAGCCGGCUGCAGAGCAACCACGUCGUGCUACAGCGGCGGCAGGACAUGCCCAAGUCGUGGCUCAACAAGCAGAGGCACCUCGUGAACG